UCUACCGGCGGUCUUUCAUACAGUUGGCGGAGCUGGACGGUUUGUUGGCGUCUGCAGCACAUUUAAAGUCGUGUGAAAUCAACCUGUAACGACGCCGGUCGGUUCCUGCUGCUUGAAAAUGAGGAUUGAGUCCAUAGUCUCGCUCCUUGUGUGCCUCUGCUUGUGGAUACCUGCUGCUCAGUCGCAGUACUCUUCCUCUGCUACUCCACCUGAGGAUGAGGAUGCAUCAGGAGAUGACUUGGAGAUCUCUGGGUCAGGCUCAGGAGAUGAAGGUUCUGUAGUUCCCAUUGACUUGAUGACUACUGAGGUGUCAACACUAGCAAUCACCAAUACGACAAAAACAGCCUGGGUCACAGAUGCUCCGGUUAAAGUUCCAGAACCGACAGCCAGCCAGCUGUCCUCAACGGUCAUCCCCCUAGCUGAUGUAGAAACAGCAGGCCCCACCACCAAGGCUCCUCUGCUGCACACCACCAAAAUACCAGAGACCUCACCGUCUCCAUCCUCUGUCGAGUCACUUACCCAUAUGAAAGAUGUAUCUGGUGCUGAAACCCCAAUAGUCCAUCAUGUAAACCUAGAAGAUAAUACCACCCUUCCAGAUGAGAAGCUGCCUGUGGUGCCUGUAACUACAGAACAUUCUAUCACUACUCCCCCUGUUGACGUUGAAGAAGAAACUACAGUGCUUGUUGCGCUGGAUAAGGAGGAAGAUCGAGCGACAGAUCCAGUCGUAGUCGUUGACCAAUCAACUGAUGCUCCAGACAUGGAGAGCACAAUAUUGCCUCUUACCACAACGUCAGCUAAAGAGGUAGCAGAUCCUGAAGCUUCAGGUGAAACUGUGGAGUCCACAACAGUUCAGGCCACCAUUGAUGGCGGCUUGAUUGAGGAAAACGUGAUUCCAGGUGUGAACCGUGAGGCUUACACACAAAUGCCGGGCAGUGAUGACUUUCAUUUUGAAAAUGAGAUCAGACCUAAUUCACGAGCAAAUCGCCCUGAGUCUGAGGUUUCUCUGGGUGCCUCAUCUGAAGAUGGGAGUUUACUGGAGAGAACAGAGGUCCUGGCAGGUGUCAUCGCAGGUGGCUUGGUUGGCCUGGCUUUUGCCAUCAUGCUCGUGGCUCUGAUGGUCUACCGCAUGAAGAAGAAAGAUGAGGGCAGCUAUUCGCUGGAUGAGCACAAACACCCUAAUGGAGGCUACCAGAGGCCAAUGGCACAGGAGGAGUUCCUGGCAUAAAGACUGUUAAACACACGGUCUCAUCUCUUGUUCUAUGCUUGACUGCCACUUAAAACUUCCUCACUCACCAGAUUCCAUUUGCUUGGUGACACUUUGUUUUAAAUCCAUGCUGGAUGUGCAACGUAGAUCGGAUUUGUUUUGAAGUGUUGACGGAUCUUCAGGAAAGGUUCACUUUUGUUUUGUAUGGGUUUCUUUUUUGUUUUGGAUCCUCACACUGUGGACUGAGAGUAUCCUCAAGAGCCCCCACCCCCUUAUGAGUGAAGUACUAUGGGAAACUGUUUUUUCUUAGGGUUGGGCCUGCCCUCUGCCAAUUGGGGGAAACCCCAGCAAAUGUGAAAUGGCUUUUCAUUUCCGAUGUGCCUUAUUUCCUAUUACAGGGAACUGAAGUACACACUGUGUGCAGUAGCAAGAGCAACGGCCAUGCAGCCCUCACCUACUCAACCAGUUUGUUGCCUUGGUAACUGAUAGUUGCCAUAGGGACAGAGAAAAUGGCAUGCACUUUUUUCACAUGCAAACAUCACAAUUCUGAAUUACAAUCAUGAGUCACAUUCUUUGCUUGGAUCAUAAUCAGUUUUUAUUCUUUGCCCUGGGCUCGCUUGCUGAACUUUUUUUUUUUUUUUCCCCUCAUGUGGUGUUUCUCUGUUGUAGAUCAGAAAUUGCAUGUGUGAAUGAAGAGUUGCCUGGUUUACAAGGGGCGUAAUCCCACUCACACCUUCCUUUGUUGACUUGUAUUUAGUUUAAAAAUGGCCUGUCUGUAUGACGAUGCAAAUUGGUGUUCAAAAAUGUUGUUAAUCUGGCAUGAUGCACAUAUUACAUUAAAAUGUUCUAUUUCUAAGGAUGUUGAUUAUCAGUUUUGAUACUUGCUAUCCCUGGAAUCAUAUCAGAAUACACUGUAGACAAUGUUUUCCCAUAAAUGAGAUGUACAGUCACAGAUGUUUAUCCAGCUCUUUUUAUGUACAGUAUUGGAUGCCACCGGACCAAAUCUAUGGUUUAAAAGCCUUACUGAGAUAGCAGAUGGCUACUGUAUAUUAAUAGGUCAAUUGAGGCCUAUUCAUGUAAGUGUGUACAUGGGUGUGUGUGUGUGUGUUUUUAUUUUAUUUUAUUUUUUUCUGGUUGGUUUGUCUGUUUUUUAGUUAUUACUGGUAUCAAAGGACAGCUUGGCUAGAAUGAGCCUUUCCAAUAAGUGUUUCUUUGUUGUGGUGUGUUUUUUUUUUUUUUUUUUCUCUCUCCCCAAAAAAUGUCCUGUGUUCAUUAGGAAAGGCCAUGUGUCACCCAGAGAUUGAUCCCCAUAUACCAAGCUGAGCGCAUUAAAAAUGAUUUCCAUACAGAGGUCAUUAAAUUAUGAAAUUUGUGGAUUUUUUUUUUUUUUUUUUUUUUUUUUUAAGCUGUUUUUGUGCUCUUGUAAAUGCUAAUCUCUUACUUCCCUACAUUUCUUUCAUUUCUUGUUGAUACCUUUACAAAUGGAGAGAUGUUUUGACUCUUUAGGUGCCUUAAAUCGGGCCUCAGGUUAGCUCGACCAUGUGUUGGAGGAGAAAGUGGCACGUGUAAGUAAGCACACAUCAGAUUUAACUUGGACAAUGUGUCUUUGCGGAAUGGCCACGCUUUGGAGCUGCCUUUUUGUUUAGCUGCUGUGCAAAAGAAAAUCAGACCUACUCACAUCGUUGUUUGUACAAAUCUCUCUAUUUAUUAUGCGCUAUUGUUUUUCUAUGUUCAAUAAAAGGUAUCCCUUUUUUUCA